AUGGAGCUGCGCACGGGGCGUCCUCCGGGGGCUCAGGUUCUACUGCCACGGAGAGAGCCACCACCGACGAAGCUGCCAGGGUGGACCGCAGGUGGCAGCAGCAGUUCGAGCGGAAGCAAGAUGCGAAGCAGAUUUCAUCAAGGUGUAACUGCGCCGGCUGUGCUUUGCACUCUCCGAUUCUGCCGUCGGUCUUGCCGGCAACGGUGGGGAGGUCGCACAGUGGCCUACAACUUUCCUCCCGGCUUGGAGCUCGAUACCUCCAUCGACAUUCCUGAUCGGCCGGAGAAGCGGAUGGUGAAGGAGCUCAGCCGCUAUGAGGACCCCGAUGACCCCAUUCGACCGCAAGCUCCACCGAGAGAUCGCAAGGGCCUCUGGGCACCUCCAGGACCUCAGGCGAUUGCGGCGCCGGAGGUCCUCGUGGUGGGCCUAGGCAGGCGGCUCCGUGCUGACGAGGAGGAUGGUCCUCGGGCUCGCUUGGGUGCGGGAGCCGUGGAGGCGCUGCAGCGGCGUUACCAGGUUCGGACGCACUUCGAUGCCGAUGUGCAGGGGUACUUGGCCACUUGCCGUGCCAGUCUGGACAAGUCGGGUCGCGCGGGGGUGCAGAAGAUUCACUUAAUGCAGCCAUUGGUUGAGAAUGACAGCGAUGUGGGAAGCUCAGAGACUCGCGUGUCGGGCAUCAGGCGGCUGCAGGCAUUUGCACAGAGUCGGCGCGAGCGGCUUCAUGCCGCUCUGCAGGACGAGGCCAACGCUUUGUUCAAGGAGACCAGUCUGGAAAGGCUCAGCGAGCCUGGCACGGCGGAAGAUGUGCAUCCUCAGAAGCACGUGCGCGAAGCUGUCGUGACAAUGGAGGGUGAAACCUGGGCAAGGACUUCGAUCGAUGCACUUACCAGAUUGGUAGCUGCACCUACCAGCCUGGGCAAGCCGCAGACUCUGGCGACAUCGCCAGCGCUCGGCAAAGCUUCGCCGAGCAGAUCAGCGAGGAGUGCUCCUGCAGCGCUGCGGGAGUUCGUGUCAUUUCGGCUUUGUGUUCGCAAAUUUCUAUGGCACACCUGGCGACUGUCAGUUUCUCUGGGCCGCACGCCUACGCGCUGCCCGGUGGCUUCACAAAGGCGCGGAUCCACUUACGCCGCAAGUCUGAGGAGUCCUCGGAUCUCAUCCUCGGCAUCGAGCGUGCGGCAAGAGGCUUCGAGUCCUUCUCGCUGCCGGAGGAUGGCCAG